AGACCUCCAAACAAAAUAUUGGUCAAAUUCGGGCCAACUUGCAAAUUAUUUUUAAAAAUUUAUAAUUAGGACAAAAGUUAAUCUAGACGAUCUAUUUAAGUUACUCCAAACUGUGAAUUUUUCUCUACAAAUUAUCAAAUUUAUUUUGUCAGAAUAUUACUAAUUUAUCAAAAGGAUUGAUAUUUAAGUCCGAAAAUAAAUCAGUCGGAGCUGUAUUUAAAGGAGGCAGCUGCAAGAAGUUAAUACCGACCGUUUUUAAAGUAAAAAAAUCAAAGCUUCUAUUUUUUUAUCUCUUAAAUUAUAAUUUUGAAGUUAGCGCGGCUGACGAUGAGAAUGUUUUCAGAAAGAAGAAGAAUUGAACUGGCCAUCUUGUGUCUUGCAGCCUUUGUCCAACUUUGUGUAUCAGUUUCGGAUGAUUUUUCUCCCGAAUCUGAGAAGGAGUUGAUACACUGGGACGACUCCAUUUGCUACAAUGGCACUUCCCAAAGCCCCACCAAUAUCACCCACACCAUUCCCGCCAGUGAGGAAGAUUUCCACAAGUUUCACAUGCCUGUCGGUAAUAAAGAGUUGCAGUUGUAUCUCGUCAACAACAACGGAUCGGUGGCAGCUUUGGUGGGUCCCAAACCGAGCUGCACGCCCGAUGGUGACUACGGCGAGUACUUCAACUCGAUCAUGUUCAGAUGGCCCGGCGAACACGCCAUCAUGGGACAGAAACAUGACUUCGAGAUGAUCCUCUCCUUCGCGAAUAUGGCCGAUCCCAACAAAAACCGAAACCACCUCGAUAAAAGUAUCCUGGUUGUCAUUCUCGCAAACAUCGGAAAGGUUCACUCUGAACUUGAAAAGAUCGUCGCCCAUCUUCCGCUGGUUACAAGACCAUAUUCAGAGACGAAGAAAAUGGGUGAGUUCAACGAGACGUUAGACUUGAGCAAGUUCCUUUCCCAUUCCAAAUCGUUCUACCAGUACAAGGGAAGCAUUUCCAAGUUCACCUGCAACGAACCAAUCGACGUUCGUGUCUUCAAGAAACCCAUCACGGUGUCCCUGCACCAAAUAAACCAAUUCAGGAAGCUGGAAAAGUCAGACGGCUCAAAAAUUGUGGAAAGUUUUAGGGAACAACAGGCCCUCAACGACAGGAAAGUUUACUCUGUGGACAUCUAGCUCAUCCAUCACAUUAUUCACGGUGGAUUUACAAAACUUGUAUUUUAAAUGAUAGCCAACUCGCACUUGAAAACACGCGGUUCAUAAACUAGCUUUCAUGUUUCCUAUCAGUUUAAUUUUAAAAAAUUAAAAAAUCAAUGAAAGUGCAUUUCUCUAAAUUAUAUAAUUAUAUAAUCAAUUAGUUAAUGUCAUCCUUGAGACUUCGUGUUAACAUUUGAAAAAAGUUUUUAAAAGCGCCG